AUGUCUCAAGACGAUAUACAAAUGGCGAAUCGCCAUAGUAAGGAGUCGAGCAUGUCAGCCGAUAUGCUUGACUUGAAGGAACUCAGUCCGGAAGACCGUAAGCUGGCGGAACUCGGUUACGUGCAGGUCUUCAGACGAGAAUUCUCUAUGUGGUCUUGCUUCUCAUUUGCGGUUUCUGCAUCCGGUGUCUUUGCAACUGUUUCGACCACAUUCUCCUACCCUCUAUAUGCAGGAGGUGCUGCUUCGGCCGUCUGGUGUUGGCUGAUCUCGGGGUUCGGCUGCAUGUGUAUUGCUUUGUCCGUGUCAGAAAUGGUCUCGGCAUAUCCAACUUCAGGGGGCAUGUACUUCACGUGCAAGUAUUUGGCACCCAAAAGAUGGGUUGCAGAGAUUGGAUGGCUCUGCGGUUGGCUGAAUAUCCUCGGUCAAGCCACAGGAGUUGCUUCCGGCGGCUAUGGUGCUGCUCAGCUCAUGCUGGCCGCCGUCUCUAUGGGUAGUGACUUUACCUAUACACCCACCCAAGGCCACAUCGUCGGCGUUAUGGCUGCCCUCUUCGUUGUGGAUGGGUUGAUCAACAGCUUACCCACCAGGCUUAUGGAGAGAUUAACCCGAGGCUAUGUCGUUUUCCACAUCGGUGUCCUGGUCGCUGCCAUCAUUGCCCUGCUUGUAAAGCAGGAUCACAAGCACUCCGCCUCUUACGUAUUCACGAACGUGGAUGUCGAGUCUGGGUGGACACCGGCCGGGUUCUCCUUCCUGUUCGGCUUCCUCUCAGUCUCUUGGACAAUGACUGAUUAUGAUGCGACCGCACAUAUUGCCGAAGAAAUCAAAGACCCGGAGAGGAAAUGCCCGUGGGCCAUCUCGACCGCUCUACUCUUUACCUACCUUGGUGGCUGGGUGUUCACCAUUGUUCUUGUCAUAUGCAUGGGUGACCCAGCGGCUAUCUUGAGCUCCCCGGUUGGCCAACCUGUUGCUCAGAUCUUCUAUAACGUUCUCGGCAAGGGUGGCGGUUUGUUCUUUACAGUGGCAGCAUUCAUUGUCAUCAACUUCGGUCAAAUUGUUGCUAUUCAAGCCACGUCGAGAACGAUCUUUGCUCUUUCAAGAGACGAGAUGUUACCUCUAUCGAGGGUGUGGUUAAAGAUCAACAAGUACACGGGGACCCCUCUAAAUGCGGUCUGGAUCCUCUUGUUCCUUUGCACCUGCCUCAACUUGAUCGCUCUCGGGUCUUUCGCAACCGUGUCGGCCGUCUUCAACGUUUGUGCGAUUGCGCUCGACUGGUCGUACUGCAUCCCUAUCUUGUGCAAGGUUUUGUUUGGCAAGUUUGAGCGGGGACCAUGGCAUCUUGGAAAAGCCAGCACCUGGAUCAACAUUUACGCCUGUAUAUGGACUUUAUUCGUCAGUAUCAUCUUCAUCCUUCCAACUUUCAGACCUGUCACGGCAGAAAAUAUGAACUAUGCGUCGGUGAUUCUGGUUGCUAUUGGUCUUUUCGCUACGGUCUACUGGUUUUCUGGAGCCAACAAGUUCUAUCACGGGCCCAAAGCUCAAACUUUUAUUGAGCCAUCUGUCGAGCAUCACUCCUACACUGCAGGGCAAAACAAAACUGUAUAG